AUGAAGCUAGUUUGCAGGACUGAGCAUUUCACAGAAAAAAUGCUUGAGGACAAAAAUCCAGCACAAGAUAUGGUAGACAUAGCUGGACAUGUAGAGCAGAAGGAUCCUUCUUAUGAAAAGGACAUCGUGGAGAUCAAAUUGCCAGACAGUGUUGCUUCUUUUGAUUAUGGUGGUAAUUUUGUCAAAGAUGUCUGCAUUGAUGACGGACAACCUCUUCCUCGGAAGAUUUCAGAAGAUAAAGUAGUAGAUGAAAAGUCAUCUCCAAAUUUUGAUUGUCAAAUGAUACACGCAAAUGAUGCUCCGACGUACACAGAAAAAGAUUGUGCUGCAAAAGCUUUCCACAAACCCAAACCAGAAGCAGUUCUACCUGUUAAUUUUGCUCCUGAUAGUAACAAUGAGAAACGAUAUUCUUCUUGUGAAAAACAUGGUCCCGAGGGCAAGAGUAAAGCCACUAAUUUUGGUGAUCUCAGUGAGAAGAAAAUAAGUUUGGAAGAAUUACUUAGACUCGAAAGUGCAGAAGAGUGCCUGCAUAAAGGUGCAAUAAGCUCUGAAACCAGUAAAAAUCAUAUGCUAUCUUUCCAUGGAGAAGCAGUCAGGCAGGUUUCCGCAAAUGUGGGUCAUGGAGUCGAAGUUAUUGCAUCCAAAACCAGUGGUCUUGUUAAUGAUACUGUAUCAAGUAAGAACAACAUUGAUGAUUGCUCAGUAACAACCUCUGAAGAAUGUGAUGCAGCGGCAUCAUUUGAUGCGAGAGGACUGAACCUAAUAGUUCACUAUAAUCCUUUUGUUGGUCAUGGGUCCCUAGAGGAUACAUGUAAACCAGAAUGCUCUACAUCAGCAAUCUCAGAUGCUGCUUCCACUGGACCUAUCUGCACUUUCGAGAAAACUGAUACUAUUAGUGCUGAAGGAUUUAAUGAAGUCGAAAUAACUGAACCUAGGGUUGAUGCUCUGAGUUCGCUAGGUUCAGAGAUAAGAUCGUCUGCGAAGAGCAAUGAUCAGAAUGGAAGUAUUAUGGGUGAAACAAUAACCAACAAGAUGCAUGAAACAGAAGCAGCUACAACUUCAUCAGCUGAAAAUGUAGAGCCCAAUGGAGCAAAUGGGGAGAAUAGUAAAGAACAUGGGACUGGCGGUACCGCCGAUAUACAUGGUUCCAGCCAGAUAGAUGAAGGAGCUAAUGAUGACGCGGUUAAUAGGAGUCCUGUGCUGGCACAACAUGAUAAUGUGUGCGAACAUAAUGCACCUGAUAGUGCAAAAGCGCCAUCUCGAACUGGAAACGGCUAUCCUCCCUUUGAACCGGGUUUUGGUCCUAGUAUUAUGUCUGCUCCAGUGUCAAACUCUGGCCAUCUUGCUUAUUCUGGCAAUAUCUCCAUCGGUUCAGGUAGUAGCACGACCAGCACCCGGUCCUUUGCAUUUCCAGUACUGCAGAAGGACUGGAUCAGCAGCCCGGUGAGGAUGGCGAAAGGAGAGCGGAGAUGCACCAGGCGGCGCCGAGGCUGGAGGAAGGGGCUUCUCUGCUGUAAAUUCUGA